ACACCGCCACAAAAUAUCAAAAGUCUCUACCCCACCAAAAACCCCCAACCAAAUUCAUCAAAGUUUCAAACUUUCUUUGCUAGUUUUGUAUAUAUAACUCAAUUCUGUAUCAACUAACAAACACCCACAAACCUUCUCUUCAAUGGAUUUGAUCACAUCACCAACCUCCAAUCCCAAAACCCACCAUUAUUUCAAACUCCACCGCUCAUUUCUCCGGCCAGGGAGCCUAGUUCUUGGUCUCCGGCCACUUCCUCAGAGCUCCAAAGUCCUCAACUUUGCUCACUGCAGUUCAAAACAAUCAGAACCCAAUAAAUGCUUAUCAAGCACAAAGCUUUUCACCCAUUUUCUCUCCAAUUCUAGUAGAACAGUACCUUCAAUAACCACCAAUGCAGCUUUGGCAGAAUCUACAGAACCAGAGCCAGAAACAGAGCAAGGAAAGUACAACAGGAUUUUACUAUCUGAUGUGAUUGUGAAGAGGCCUAGACAUGUGUUUAAGGGGAGAAAAUGGAGCACAAUGGACUUGGCCACAGCUGGUGUUGUGGUGGGGAUGCAUGUUCUGAGUCUUUUGGCUCCUUUUCAAUUCAAUUGGGGAGCUUUAUGGGUGGCAGUCUCACUUUAUGUUGUGACUGGCCUAUUUGGUAUCACUCUUUCUUAUCAUAGGAACCUUUCACAUAGAAGUUUCAAGCUUCCCAAGUGGCUUGAGUACUUGUUUGCUUACUGUGGAGCUCAAGCACUUCAGGGGAGCCCAAUUGAUUGGGUGUGUACACAUAGAUACCACCACCAGUUUUGUGAUUCUGAGAAAGACCCACAUAGCCCAAUUGAAGGAUUCUGGUUUAGUCACAUGAGUUGGCUCUUUGAUACCAAUUCUGUGACUGAAAGGUGUGGGGGCCUAGAUAAUGUUGGGGAUUUACAGAAGCAGCCCUUCUAUCAGUUCCUAAAGGCAACUUACAUCGCUCACCCAGUCGCUCUUGGUGCUCUACUGUAUGCAAUGGGAGGGUUCCCUUUCAUUGUUUGGGGAAUGGGUGUGAGGAUCAUUUGGGUGUAUCACAUUACUUGGCUGGUAAACUCAGCUUGCCAUGUUUGGGGAGAGCAAGCAUGGAAUACUGGUGACUUGUCCAGGAACAAUUGGUGGGUGGCAUUACUAGCAUUUGGAGAGGGAUGGCAUAAUAAUCACCAUGCUUUUGAGUACUCAGCUAGACAUGGUCUGGAUUGGUGGCAGCUUGAUAUGACUUGGUAUGUUGUAAGAUUGCUCCAAGCUAUUGGAUUGGCAACUGACGUGAAGGUACCAUCAGAGGUACAGAAACAAAGGAUGGCUUUGAACUAAAGAAACUCAGCUAACAUUGCAUAUCAUUCAAAAAGCAUGCUUCCGAUUUAAAACGCACGCUUCACAAUUCAUAUUUCGGCUAGGCAAGACAAUUGAGCCUCAAGUCGACUUCUUUUAUGAUCGGUCCAUCCAUAUGUUUCAGAAACAAAAUUUAGAGAACUACCAUUGGGAUGGUCUUGGGUGGGGGCUAGUAUUGUUUCAGAGAGAAAAUUUUGAAUUUGUUACUCACCGAGCGCGAUUGCACAUGUUCGCAUUCUGGUUGAUAAUUUAUAAUACAACACAUACAAUAAAGACAUCGGUGUAAUUUUGAUCGUUUUAUCACUUCAUGA